AUGAAGUCGCAUUUAUUUCAAUUCCUCGCACUCAUCUCACCGGCCCUCGGCAUCACGGUCACGCCCGGUGGAACUGACUAUGCAGCCAUCAAGAAUGCAAUCACCGCAUUCGCUCUGAAGGACAGCCGACUCGUUUCCAGCAACUCCUCGCUAGUAGCACCCACAAAGCGCAGGGCCGCCGAUCCAGUAUCCGUCUGGUCGACCGUGGGGACCUUCAUCGACGGCCCCGCGGGCCUUGCGACGGGCGUGAUUCUCACGACGGGACAAGCGGCCUCAGCCGCUCCCGGUGUCGCUGCCGAUGGAAGUUGGGGCUAUGGCCAGGACAGAAUGACACUGUGUCCAGUGGCGCCCUCGAAAGAAUACUCCAUGUUCCGCCUGAAGAUAUCCGCGCCGCCCGGCGUCAACGGACUUCGAGUCAACUAUCUCUUCGCAGAGGACGGUCGAAUGUUCCAGCUCGAUGCCGCGCAAGUGCUUCUUUCCGGCACGACACCGGUACCUGAGAGCGUGGUCAUCGCGAAACGAGAUCCCCGGAUGAAGCCUGGUGUACCAGGGGCUAACUUGGGUCUGUCAUACGAGAUCACGACGGGUGUGUUCAGCUUUCAUAUUCCGUUGGAGUCAGGAGCGCAAGACUUGACCUUCAUGGUAUGCGACAGGGGCGACAGUGCCGGAGACUCUGCGGUGUUGUUAAAUAUCGAGGGGGUGUCUUCAUGGUGA